GAACUAUUUAGCCUACAACCAACAUGGCGACUCCCACAGAACACGAGGAUUUAUCUGAACAAGAGAUAGAAGAGGAACCCAAAGCACCAAAGAUCCGAGAAACACCAGAAGACAUCAAACUAGAGGCCAUCGUCAACACUAUUGCAUUUCAUCCCAAACAAGACAUCCUUGCAGCAGGAGACAUUGAUGGCGACAUUUACCUAUAUUCAUAUUCCUGCACUGAAGGAGAAAACAAAGAACUCUGGUCAUCAGGGCAUCAUCUCAAGUCUUGCAGGAAAGUGCUCUUCUCCAGUGAUGGACAGAAAUUGUUCAGCGUGUCUAAGGACAAGGCUAUUCACAUCAUGGACGUGGAGGCUGGAAAACUGGAGACACGCAUCCCUAAAGCUCACAAAGUCCCCAUCAAUGCCAUGCUGCUAAUUGAUGAGAAUAUAUUUGCGACGGGAGAUGAUGAAGGAACGCUGAAGGUUUGGGAUAUGAGGAAAGGAACGUCGUUUAUGGAUCUUAAGCACCAUGAGGAUUACAUUAGUGGUAUUACUAUUGACCAGGCCAAACGAACACUGCUUACAUCCAGUGGCGAUGGCACUCUGGGUGUAUUUAAUAUAAAAAGACGAAGGUUCGAACUGCUUUCUGAAAUUCAAAAUGGAGAUCUCACCUCUGUCUCCAUCAUGAAAAGAGGUCGUAAAGUUGUUUGUGGUUCCGGUGAGGGCACAAUUUACAUUUUCAACUGGAAUGGUUUCGGUGCCACAAGUGACCGUUUCGCAAUUCAGGCCGAGUCUGUGGAUUGUAUCGUCCCAAUCACAGACAGCAUACUGUGUGCUGCAUCUACAGAUGGUGUGAUCAGAGCUAUUAAUAUCUUGCCCAACCGUGUGGUGGGCAGUAUUGGACAGCACGUCGGAGAGGCCAUAGAGGAGAUUGCGCGAUGUAGAGACACGCAUUUUUUGGCGAGCUGCGCUCACGAUGAGCUGAUCAAAUUCUGGGACAUUUCCAGCUUACCUGAUGAGAAGGUUAAUGAUUACCGACGUAGAAAGAAAAAAGACAGACGACUCAAAGCCCUGAGUAAUAAAGCGUUUGAUACAGGACAGAGUUUCUUUGCUGGGCUUUUAGACACAACUGAGGAAAACGGUAAAGAUGGUGAUGAUGAGGAGGAGGAGGAUGAGGACAGCGACAGUGGAAGUGAUUGAAAAUACUGCAAAAAUGUUGUCUUUUGUUGUAUAUUUUUUUCUUGUAUAAGUUUUACUAUUUUUUUUGUAAUCCAUUCAGCCGAGUCUGGCAGGAUUACUUUAGCUUAGCGUAGAUCAUUGAAUCGGAUUAGACCAUUAGCAUCUUGCUCAAAAAUGUAAGAAAUUUAAAGAACGUUGAAGGAAAUUUGCUGCUGUACCAUGGCUGCAGCAGGCGCAAUGUUGCUGAUACCUAGAUGGGGACUAUUUUCAGACUCUGCAUAAUUGUGCCUGCUGCAGCCAUGUUACAGCAGCAAAGUUUCUUGAUUACACAGAAAUGAAAGUAUAGUUCCUAGCCAUAUAAGCCUAAGAAAUAGUACAUGAUGGAAAAUGAAAACUUGCUAAGUGUAACUUCAAAAUUUUAAAAAUAAGUGAGAUGCUAAUGCUCUAAUCUGAUUCAAUUGUCUAUGCUAAGCUAAACUAAAAGUGCUCCUGCCAGACACAUUCACAUUAGGUGAAUAGAUUCAAAAAUGGUAAAAUGAGUAAAUUGUAAAAUGAGGCUAUUUCCAAAAAAUAAGUGGAGUGUUUCUUUAACAUCUCAAUCUGAUUUAUAUUUUUGUAUUAGGGUUGUUUAUCCAUCAAAAUUUAAAAAUAUAUGCAGUGCUGUCAUUUUUUUUGUUGAUGUUGAAUUAUAGUUAAUUAUAAUUUGUUCAAAGGCAGAAACAAUUUGUUUUAUGUUGCUUCUGUUUUCUAAAACACUCAUUUAAUAUUUAAACUCAGUGCUGUUUUGAUUCCAAGUUUAGAUAUAUUGCAAUGAGAUGUAGUUUUUUAUUAAUAACUUUCAACACUGGCGUGAUAUCAG